CUUCAAGACUUCCAGUUCGUUAUCAUCUAAUCUAAUCCACUUUCCCACUCUCUCUGUCUCUCACGCAAACAAACCACUCUGGGAGACGGCCAUGGCCACCUUGAUGGCCUUGUCAUCUCCAGUUUGCACUACUAGUCUCUUCCGCCCUUCUUCUUCUUCUUCUUCUCUCUCAACACCACUCUUCUCUCAACAUUUAUUCUCAAAACUCCCACGUAGUAAUAAUAAAAUCCAAUGUUGUAGUAGUAUUAACAAAGAAGAAGAAGCUCCAUCUACUACUAGUACUAGUAGUUUGAAAAGCUUGGAUCCGAAGAAAGGCGUGUCAGUGUACAAGCCCAAGUCCUACCAAGUUUUAGUUACUGACGCCGCUAUUUCUCUUGCUUAUGCUCUUCAGGACGGCUUCACUCGCUUGGAGAUCGAUUUCCCGCCCUUGCCCAGCAACGUUUCUUCCUAUAAGGGAUCUUCAGAUGAGUUCAUUGAUGCCAACAUUCAACUAGCCUUGGCUGUCGUGAGGAAGCUCCAAGAAAGAAAGGAAACUAGAGCUUGCAUUGUGUUUCCUGAUAAGCCUGAAAAGCGGAGGGCCUCUCAGCUUUUCAAAGCAGCUCUUGACUCGAUUGAUGGUAUAACCAUAGGUUCCCUGGAUGACAUCCCUAGUGGUCCUGUCAGCACAUUCUUCAGAUCUAUAAGGAACACACUUGAUUUUGAUUUUGAAGAUGACAGUGAAGGUCGUUGGCAGUCCAAUGAGCCUCCAUCACUGUAUAUAUUUAUUAAUUCUAGCACACGAGAACUUGCAACCAUUGAGAAGUAUGUGGAAAAAUUUGCUCAAUCAACUCCUACGCUUCUAUUUAAUCUGGAACUUGACACAUUGCGUGCUGACUUGGGCAUUCUGGGAUUUCCAACAAAAGAUUUGCAUUACCGAUUUCUCUCUCAAUUCAUUCCAGUGUUCUAUAUUCGAAUCAGAGAGUACUCAAAAACAGUAGCAGUAGCACCUUACAUUGUGAAUUACAAUGGAGCACUGUUUCGCCAAUACCCUGGGCCUUGGCAGGUAAUGCUUAAACAAGCGGAUGGUUCUUUUGCCUGCAUAGCUGAGAGUGCUACACGUUUCACGCUGGGUGAAACCAAAGAAGAACUGUUGAGAGUGCUGGGACUGCAAGAGGAAGAAGGAAGCUCACUAGAAUUUCUUCGCAGAGGCUACAAGAAUGACUUCAGAUGUGAUACCCGUUCUGCUAUCCAAUUCAAUGUGUUACUAUAUUGCUCAAUCUCCUAUAAUCCAAGUGUAGGAUAGAACAAAUUAUAGGUAAUAUAGUGUAAAAACCACUCAGUCCAUCCAUAAUGUGCAAUCGUUCGGUUUGCUCUGUCAUACUCUACCUUCAUCAUCCUUCUUGUUCUUUGAAAGCUUGUCGACCUAAUCACUAAAUUGUUUUUGUGUUCUGAUUUGUGCAUUGUCAUGCAUCUUGUUCUAUACAAUCAUAUACUCAUCUGGAAUUUUUUUUUUUUUUUUUGCAUUUAGCAUUAAUUUUAUAACAAUUUCAUUAGUUCUCAUGUUUCUAAAACUAUUUGGGAAAAUAGCAUCUCAAGUUUGUAAGUUGGCACACAGCUGGUGUGGAGAAUGUUCCACGUGGAACUCGAGCCUUUUAGGCUUGAGUUCCAUAAAGAAAAUUUGGCUAUGAAGCAUAGGUGCGGAUUCGGGUUCGGGUGCAAGUGCAGGUGCGAGUGCGAAUGCGGGUGUGAGACUCGGCAAUUUUUGACAAAGUAGGGUACAAGUGUGGCAGGAUACGUUUACUAAUAAAUUAUUAAAUAUAUUUUUAUUUACAAAUUAUUAAAUAUAUUUUCAUAUAAUGGUAAACAUAUACCAAUUUAAGAGCAAUAAUAACUACAAAUAAUUCAGUAAUUUCAAUUUAAGUUGUAUAACCUACAAAUAAUUUGACAAAUAUAUAAUAAGUUAAUAACUAAAUAAAAAAUCAACUCAAGUUUUAUAUAUAUAUAUAUAUAUUAUUAUUAUUAUUAUUAUUUUAACAUGUAUUUCGGCCAGUUUUUCGGCUAGUUUUGGCUGAUUUCGAAUGAUUUCAGCCCAAAUCGGUGUGAAUAGGGAAAUGAAAAAAAAAAAAAAAAAA